ACGCCACCGUAAAACCACCCAUCUCGCCUCACACGUGUCGCCCCAUCAUUCGCCUAACCCAUCUCGUCGGGAUUCAACCACCAUCAAAUUUAAACAACAAAAACAAAAAAAGAAAACGAGAAUUCAACUCACACACUCACACACACACACAAUAUGUCACUCUCUCUCAUGUGUGUUCUCACUCUCUAAACCCAAACCCCAAAUUUUGUCAUCAUCAUCAUCAUCAUUAUUAUUAAUAUUAAUAUUAAUAUUAAUGUUACCGGUUUUUGAUCGGUAACUCGUAUCAUCAAGCAGUUGGUUUUUUUUUUUUUUUUUAAUUUUAUAAUAUUAUUAUUCUGAUCGUGUGUACGGAUAAUGCUGUGAGAAAUAGAAGAAGAAAUGGAGGAGGGUUAUGUGAAUAAUGGUGGUGGUGGUGGGUUUUCUUCUUCUGUUCAGUUUCAGAGCUGCGACGGCGGCGCCGGCGGUGGUGGUGGCGGUGGAGAUAGUAGUGAGGAGGAGUUGUCCGUACUGCCCCGACAUACUAAGGUUGUUGUCACCGGAAACAACCGUACAAAGUCUGUUCUUGUUGGGCUGCAAGGGGUUGUUAAGAAGGCUGUUGGCCUUGGAGGUUGGCAUUGGCUGGUGCUCACUAAUGGCAUAGAGGUGAAGCUUCAAAGGAACGCGCUAAGUGUGAUCGAAGCUCCUACCGGUAAUGAAGAUGAUGAUGAUCUCGAGUUUGAAAACGGUCACUGGAACAACGGCUCUGAUCUGGCAUCUGAUGAUACACAAAAGUCGCAUCGAUCAAGGCCUCACCGCCCCCAUAAAUCAACAACCGGGUCGUCUCAUAAUAAGACCGCUAGCCGGUCUCUAUCUUGUGACUCACAACCUAAGUCCUCUUUUACCACUUCUCGUGGGUCCGUGGUUGAUCUGAGCAAACUAGAGAUGGCGGCCCUACGAAGAUACUGGCGUCACUUUAAUCUUGCGGGUGCGAUGCCUAACCCGUCAAAGGAGCAGCUUGUUGACAUUGUACAAAGGCAUUUUAUGUCGCAGACGCUGGACGAGUUGCAGGUGAUUGUGGGGUUUGCGCAGGCUGCAAAGAAGCUGAAGAUGGUAUGCAAAUGACCGGUGGUGGAUGGAUCAGAGUGCAGUAACAAAAAGGGAUAGAUAUCUUUUGUUGUUGACUUUGACUUCGACUUUGACUUGACCUGACUAACAGAUACUCGUUUAAGCUCAUGCUACUCCCUAUGUCGAUGUAAAAAUGCUGUUUGAUCGUUCUUCUGUCUCUUUGUUUCAUGGGUUUGGUAGCUUUGUUUGUAGAUAUAUGUAGAGCCCAUCUCAAAAACCUGCCACAACAUUGCCAUUUUUUGGCUUUUGAAUGCAAGGAAGGCAUUGCCAUUUGUUAUUA